AAAGAGAGAGCGCAAGGACAGCGCUGGGGGAAGAGGGGGAAGAGAAAGAGUACUGUGAUCUCGGCGUAGAUCGAUGGGAACUGUCAGUGCUGGGAGGAUGAUCUGGGAGAAGAAGAUGAGAGGCGGCGACCUCGAAGAUCAAGAAGGAGAAGAUGGGGAAUUGGGAGGAUUGGUGGUGAGGUCCGUGGAGAAGAACAGGAAUGGAAAAGAUGGAGGAUGGACUAAGGACUCUGAUCUUGGUGAAGAUCGUGGAGAAGAACAAGAACGGAGAAAGAUGGAGGAAGGACAAAAGGCCUCUGAUCUCGGCGAAGAUCGUAGAGAGCCGCCUGGAUUGGCAGAAGGAUCUGGAGGCGGCGACCUCGACGAUCAAGAAAAGAAGCUCUGGAACAGGAAGAAGAGCUCGGGGAUGGUCCCCAUGGCCAUGGAGGACAGGAUCCUCCAAGCUGGGAGAAGGAGCUUGAGAACCGUGGCACCGAAGCCCGAAGAAGUGAAGCUGCCGCCCUGGACCCCGAUGAAAGAAGCUCCGAACAAUGCGACUUUCGAUCUCGGAAACUCGGAACAAACGACAACGAUGACGGAAAAGAAAGGGUAG